AUGGCGUCUCCAGAGGAUAGGAAAGCUUCCACAGCAUCGGAACAGAUUGAAGAGAAGGAUACAUUAUCUGCCGGACUCUCAUACACAUUGGACCCAGCAACGGAUCGCCGCCUCACACGCAAACUCGACUUGCACAUUCUUCCUUGGAUCUUCGUCCUCUGGCUGCUGGCGUUUAUCGACAGAUCCAACAUCGGCAACGCCAAGCUCGAUGGCCUCGUGAAGGAUCUGAAGCUAACUGGAGACAAGUACAAUGUGUGCUUGGCAGUCUUCUACAUCCUUUAUGUCCUCCUUGACGUUCCGUCCAACUGGCUUCUCCGAUAUGUCGGCGGAGGCAGAUAUCUGCCGUUGCUCGCCAUGGCUUGGGGCAUAGUUGGGACAUGUAUGGGAACUGUCAAAACCUACGGCGGUCUGAUAGCCUGUCGUCUCUUCCUUGGAGCAUGCGAAGGAGGCAUGUUCGGCGGCAUCAUCCUUUACCUGUCCAUGUUCUAUCGUCGACAUGAUCUGAUGUUCAGGUUGGGUAUCUUCUACUGUGCGGCGCCGCUCUCGGGCGCCUUUGGAGGCCUACUGGCAACUGGCCUUGCUGAGAUCAAUUAUGGUUCUUAUCGAAGCUGGCCAUGGAUCUUCUUUGUGGAAGGCUCAGUCACUGUUGUCGUCGCAAUGGUUGCCUUUUUCUUUCUCCCCAGUACCCCCGGCACAGCUCGAUUCCUGUCCGAAGAAGAGCAAUGGCAAGCAGCUCAAAGGCUGCGAGUGGAUCUCCACGGCGCGGCUGCAGUUGAGAGACCAGACGAGGACCGUUUCAAUUGGAGAGAAGUCCGCUUCGCUCUCCUUAACGUCAAUACCAUUGUGAUGUCGCUGAACUUCUUCUUCAUAUUGAUUCCGAUCUACAGUUACUCGCUGUUUUUGCCUACAAUCAUCAAAGGCAUGGGCUACAGUAGGGUCACGGCGCAGCUCUUCACGGUGCCACCAAAUUUCCUGGCUUUCCUGAGCGUGCUUGCCUUCGCAUGGACUUCAGAUCGCAUCAAGAUGCGUGGACCACUGAUCGCCAUUGCACUGAGUCUCGCAUCAGUUGGCUACAUCAUGCAACUGGCCAGUGAUCGGAACAGUGUGCAGUAUGCAGGGACCUUCUUCAUAGCUCUUGGAUCAUUUCCGUGUAGUCCGUUAGUGCUGGCUUGGUUGUCCAACAACUUAAUGCCGCACACAACGAAAGCCACUGGCCUUGGAUUUCAAGUGGCAAUUGGCAACUGUGGUGCCUUUGUCGCCACAUUUACGUACUUGGCUGAAGAUGCUCCCGACUAUGUCACGGGCCACGCAAUAUGUCUCGCCAGCAUCGGAAUAAGCCUCCUGCUGACGCUCAGCAACAUGGCGUACAUCCGGUGGGAGAACGGACAGAGACAAAGCGGGAGGAGGGAGUAUCGACUGCAAGAGGUGGAAGACGAGUCGCAGUUGGGCUACCGUCAUCCCGAGUUCAGGUAUACUAGUUAG